AUGGAUAGAUUCGGCGAUGACGUGCUGGGCUUAAUUCUCAACUGGGUUGAUAACCCUAAUGAUAGAAAAUCAUUCUCUGAAGUCUGCAAGCAUUGGUACAAAGUCGAGGGUCUUCACCGAUCAUCUUUACAGGUUUUCGAGCCCAAUCUUCUUCCUAAUUUCUUACCCAGAUUCCCAAACUUAGUCUCAUUGAAAUCAAUAAAAGUGAUCACCAAUACCCAAAUCAAAUUCAUCGCCAAAACUUGUCCCAAUAUUGAAGUUCUCAAUCUCAACUACAAAAGAACACAUGAUGGGUUUCGUGAUAUACCGGCUUGGGAUGAUGUUGAUGGUUAUGGUAUAUGUGAGAUAGCAAUGGGGUGUCCCAAUUUAGCUGAACUGUAUCUGAGGAGGAGAUGCCAAGUUAGGAAUUUUGGAGUCAUUUCUAUUGUUAAUUUGGCUCGAAAUUUGACAACUUUGGAUUUGGCUGGAUGCAAUAGGAUUGCAGAUGAAGCCCUUAAAGCUAUUGGGAAUGCAAAUUCAUUGCAGGUUUUGAGUUUGCAAGGUUGUUGGUUAAUCACAGAUAUGGGUUUGGCUUUGUUGGCAAGUGGGUCUCUGUCUAGGACUCUGCGAAAAUUGGUUAUUGCAGAGUGUGAUCGGAUUACAGAUAUUGGGGUAUUGCAUUUGAGGGAAAUGUGUUGUUUGGAGGAGUUGAAUCUAGCAGACUGUGGAGCGAAAGUUACUGACAUUGGAGGUGUGGCAAUUGCUGCAAUGCAGACUCUCAAGACUUUGCACUUACCGUGGUUGAUUAACAUAUCAGAUGCUACAGUCAUUUCUCUUGCUCAAAACUGCCUGAAUUUGAUGGCGGUUGAUCUGACGGGUUGUGAAUUAAUAACGGGUGAUGGCAUUCGUGCCUUUGCAAAUCAUAAGUCUUUGGAAAUUCUUGUGUUGGCUUCUUGUCACAACUUUAAAGGGGAUGAUGUGCUAGAGAUGGUGCUUGGAUGCCGCACCUUGAGGCACAUUAUGCUGGACGAAAGAAUGAGAAUGUGGAUCCCUGUGACAAUGCAAGAGAAUAUUAGCAAAUUUUGUAUGUUAGAGUGGAGGAGAACUGAUGGAUGA